AUGAGCGCUUCGAUUGACGGGUUUAUAGCGCGAUUGUCAGACACUCAAAGCGACUACAAAACGAAAUUAAAUGUCGCGACAGAUCUUCGCGACUCGGUAGAAUUGCACCAGGUCACGGCAGACAGUGAGCAGUUCGCUACCAGAGUGCUACCGGAGAUUUUGCGGCUGCUCAAAUCGGUUCCCAUCAGCAUGGUCGCACAAGCACCUGAGCACCAGCUCCGUUACUGUCUUCUUGACGUGCUGUCUCGUCUGCAGUAUAGCGAUGCGCUUCGUCCGGCUGCCGUCGAGAUCCUCCAAACGGUGAUGGAUAUUUUCCAAGUUGACAACGAGGAAAAUGGGUUUCUAUGUAUGAAAAUUGUCACGAAUCUGCAUAGAGCCUAUAAGGGACUUCUUGUUGAUCAAGUUCAGCCGUUUUUGGACAUUGUUAUUACCAUUUUUAAGAACAUCCCUCGCAUGGUCGACGAGCUCUUCAACAACCAGCCAGGUGGACAGUCCCCACUGACAUAUGCUGGCUCGCCUCCAGGUAGUGUUGGUGUCGAAACCCCAGGCGAGGGUGCGAACAGCUCGACUCCAAUGUUUAAGGCCACUGCAAGCUUCAAAGUGCUCACAGAGUGCCCUAUUAUUAUUGUGCUUUUGUACUCGACGCACAAACAAAUUGCAAGCACAUCCCUUCCGGAAUUUGUCCCCUAUAUUAUUGAUAUCCUCAGUAUCGAGGCUAAACCACAAGCAAAGGAACAUGAGGCUGCCGCUCUGAAGGGCGAUAUUUUUACCGGUGUAUCGCCAGCCAUUAAGCACCGCGCAGCUUAUAAUGACUUCAUUGUCUCUCAAAUUAAGGUCAUGUCUUUCUUGGCGUAUGCCUUACGCGCGUUCUCGGGGUUGUUGCAAAAAUACUAUAACCUGGUUCCUAAUUUUGUUGUUCGUUUGCUCAAGGACUGUCCUCCUGAACUCAGUUCCGCUCGUAAAGAACUGCUGGUAUCCAUGAGGCAUAUCCUGGCUACGGAUUUCAGAACAUUCUUCAUUUCCAAAGUCGAUGUUUUGCUUGAAGAACGCGUGUUGAUUGGCAGUGGCCUAACCUCCUACGAAACUCUGCGGCCUCUGGCUUACUCUACUAUGGCUGAUCUUAUCCAUCAUGUCAGAAAUGAGCUAUCAAUAUCGCAGAUUUGGAAAACUGUGCGAGUGUAUUGCCGAAAUAUGCAUGACAAUUCCUUGGCUACAUCUUUCCAAGUAAUGAGCGCGAAGCUGCUUUUAAACUUUAUGGAGCGUAUCAUUGGAUUGCCAGAUAAGCAGGAGGGUCGUCAGAUUAUGACGGUAAUUCUCAAAGCCUUUGUUGACCGUUUCGAGACUCUUAAUCGUACUUACUUGGAGCUUGUUCCUGGCACCAAGGCAAAUAUCGCUAAAAUGGGGAAGAAGCCCGAGAAAACUGAUGGAGAUGAAGUAAAGAAAGAAGGCGAUGAUGUCGACAUGGAGGAUGCGAACGAUUCAGAAUCGAUAAACCCUACAUGGACUGAUCUUAUGAUGGAGAUGCCGAUCAAACUUCAUGCUGAGGUUCCCAACCACGAUGUCAAAGAUGCUCGUUUCAUUUUCCGCAACCUGAUGACAUUUAUCAAGACAGUCAUGUUUGGUUUCAAGAGUUGCAAUCCACCUCCACCCCAUCCUACUAUCUCUCUUCAACAAUGGCAGGAAGCUGCUCGGACAUGCACACAUGAUGAUGUCACGCUUUUCCGGCGUUUAUUCCGAGAAGGUAUCGUUGGCCAGCAGUUUUUCGCCCUGCCAAUCGCUUCUGAUAAUGAACGCUAUGAUAGCGGACCUCUCGUUCCUCUUGUAUCGAACAAGGAUGUGAAAGAUAUGAUGGAAGCCUUUGCUACAGUUUAUAUUCAUAUUGAUCCUGCAACCUUCAAUGAGAUCAUUUCAGCAGAACUGCAGUUCCUCUAUGAGGCUAUCUUCGACAACCCGGCGCUGUUGCACAUUGUCCAUCUUUUCUUGGGUUCUGAGACCACCUCUGCUAAUUUCACUGCUGCACUGCUCGAGUUCCUGAUCAAGAAAAUGCCAGAAAUGGGCGAAGGUACUGCCAAAAAGACUAAUGUGCUCAUGAGGCUUUUCCGCCAAUGCUUCACUGCAUUGAACAUGUUCCCGGCAGUUAAUGAACAGGUCAUGCUUCCUCAUCUCACUGAGAUCAUCGUCGAGGCGCUGAAGCUGACCUCCACAGCAAAAGAACCUUUUGUAUAUUUCUAUUUGCUUCGUGCACUGUUCAGAAGUAUCGGAGGUGGACGUUUUGAGAGCUUAUAUCAAGCGGUGCUUCCUUUAUUACCCGUUGUUUUGGAAACUCUCAACAAGCGCCUCGAGACAACUCGUGUGGCUCAAGAACGUGAUAUUUAUGUGGAGCUCUGUUUAACCGUGCCUGUGAGAUUAUCGCUUCUGGUCCCUCACCUCUCGUACCUCAUGCGACCGCUGGUAGCCGCUUUGAACGGAUCACCCGAGCUAGUUUCUCAGGGUCUGCGAACUUUAGAGCUCUGCGUCGACAAUUUGACCUCAAACUAUUUUGAUCCUAUUAUUGAGCCUGUUUUGGACGAAGUCAUGCAGGCACUCUGGAAGCAUUUGAAGCCCCUGCCGUACACACACCAACAUUCUCACACAACUCUUCGCAUUCUGGGUAAACUUGGUGGUCGAAACCGUGCUUUCCUAACUGCACCUACAGAUCUGGAGAGUAUGUCUGCUAUGAGCCAAGAUACCUCUGUUUUGUUAGCGUUUGAUGGUCUCGGUGAAGAGCUUCCGGUGCGAGUUACCCCAGCAGUGACUCAAGCUUUGAAAAUCCUUGAGAAUCCUCUUAUGAACCCUCAUUACCGUCAACAAGCUUUUAAUAUGAUUUCAGUGGUCAUCAAGCAGUUCAUCGAUACAACGCCUCUCCCAGAAAAUGCCGGAUCAAUUGUUCAAGCAUGCGUGAAAGCUGGCGUGUACUCAUCUUUCACUGAGGCGCCACCCCUUCCUGAUGGAUCAGAUCGCAACUUAGUUGCCAGGAAUAUGGCAAAUGAGCUUACAGAACGUUUGCUUGAGGCUGUCUUUUUUGCUGCGUCUGUUGAUGAGACCCGCGACGCUGCUCAUGAGCUUAUUGUUAAUCUCACAGAACAUCUCACAGUUCUUGAGCUUGGUGAGUUCACAGUUGAAAAGCGUCGGGCUAUGCGAUCAUUUUCACUCGAAGACCACGAGGGCAUCCCAUAUAUCGAGACGCGCACUCUCUUGACAGCGAUUGUGUAUGCUUUGAGCCAUUUCAACCAGCACGUUAAGGAUGCCGGUCUUCUGGCUUUGCGAACUAUUUAUUCAUCAGGUCGGACCCUUUGCGGUGAAUCUGUUAGUGUGUACCGGUAUCCUUUGCUGCGAGCCGUUUUCGCGAAACUAAUCCACGCUUGCUUCGAAGAGCCUUUCUAUCGCAAAGCUGGCGCUUGCCUUGGUCUCAAGACUAUCAUUAUAGAGCUCGGUCUUCCGCUCUCUUGGCUGCAAGCUCGCCAGGUUGAGAUUGUCCGUACGUUAUUCUUUGGUAUCAAAGAUGUCAGUGACGACGCCCCGUCUAAAAUACGCGAGGAGGCGGCAGAGCUGCUUUACCACACCAUUCGCAGCUGCAAUGGCCCUUUGACCGACGAGCAAAUCAGUCAAAGACCUUUCCUGCCUCUUUCGAGUUUGCUUGCUUAUGAAGUGGAGAGCCCGAAUCCAGCUGUUCGUGAAACUGCAAAGAAAGCACUUGAGUUGCUUGCGGAGGUUGUUGGUCACCCUGUCACUGCCAUCAUUAAACAGGUGACAAACGUCUUUUUGAAUCCUAUCUUUGGUAAACCUUUGCGUGCUCUUCCAUUCCCUAUGCAAAUCGGUUAUAUCGAUGCUGUUAGCUAUUGCUUAGCACUCCCAGACACGUUCUUGCGGUUUAACGACAAGUUCACCCGUCUGCUUGAGGAGGCCUUGGCUCUUGUUGAAGCAGAAGAUGAGAGUCUAACUUCAUCUCACCGUAUGCCCGAGUACAACACUCAACAACAGUUGACCAAAUUGCGUGUGGUAUGUAUCAAAUUACUCUCGCUUGCCUUAACCACAUCGGAUCACUUAGCCACGGAGAACCCCCAAAUGAGAGCAAAAAUUAUUGGCGUAUUCUUCAAAAUGCUUUGCUCGAAUUCCAAAAAGGCAGUCGAUGCUGCUCACACUGCCCUUGGCGCUGUUUUAGCCAAGUCGCCUUCAAGACUGCCAAAAGAUUUGCUUCAAAGCGGACUUAGGCCAAUCCUUGUUAACCUGAGUGAUCAUAAGCGUCUUACUUUGAAUGGACUAGAAGGAUUAGCUCGUCUCCUGGAGUUGUUGACUUACUAUUUCAAAGUUGAAAUUGGUAAAAAGCUUCUCGACCACUUCAAGGCUUGGACAGAAUCUGAAAGAAUGAUUUUAGUUUCUGUUCGUCCAUUAGAAGGUGAAGAGAGAGUCAAGAUUGGAGUUGCAAUUUUAAAUGUAUUCCAUUUGCUUCCUACAACCGCACACAUCUUCAUUCCUAGUGUCAUCGACGCUUUAGUUUAUAUCGAAGGAAGUGUUCGCCGUAUUCAGACAUCUCCAUUCCGAGCACCUAUCGCCAAGUUUUUGAACAGACAAGCACCAGAUGCUUUCUUGUAUUUCAAGACAAAACUAACGGAUGCUCAGUAUGGUCGUCUGCUUUGUGACUUUUUCGAUAUGGAAGAAACUAGAGACCUUCAGGCUUACACUCGGGAGAAUAUCGAUCAGUUAGUUGAGGUUGUGCUGAACGAUCAGCCUGAUGACACUAAAUGUAUUUCAGCCUGCAAUCUCAUCUUUUGUCUGCAUCGCUUACCUGGCCUUGACUGGAUAAAAGAGCAGUCAGCUCUUGCGCAACAGCUAAUUGGGUUGAUUGGUGAGCUUAUGGGCGCAACUGCCCGCUUGUCCCCUGUUUCGCAGCUUCACUUCGCAAUCGGAAGUGCCAUCGAAGAACUUCAGCAGUUUAUAAUCGACUAUGCCAGAGCAAGCGAUGACCAUUCAAUUGUCCUGUCUUUAAUCGGAGCUGUCUACAGUGCCGGAGCAGAGAUUAGCUGGUGCGUCCAAGACUAUCUCUAUGAAACAGUGAUCAUAAGCCACGAUGUUGAGCUCCGCAACGUUGUGCUGAAAGAAGCUUUUGAGCUUGUCUUACGCCCUUCCUCGCCUCUUACUGCACGCACUUAUAUUAUGAACGCAAUCGUCAACCCUGUUCUUACCGUCGAAAUCAAGCGGAAGGGCAAUCUUCUGGAGCUCUUUGAGAAAGCUGCUAAUGGCAAUUUCAUGGAUCUAGUUUCCAAAGAGGUUUGGCUGGCUCUAGCGUCCACAGGACCUGCCAGUACGAUUGAUAAGUUCCAGCUGGCUCUGCUAGAGAUGUCUGUGCUGAUUAUCAAGUCGUCUUCGCCCCUGGUUGCGGAUGUGCGUAAGGAUGCUAUCAAGUUUGGCUGGUCCUUCCUCAGACAUGAAGAUAUUGUCUCCAAAAUGAGUGCUUAUGUCUACAUCGCCACGUUCGUAUCUGUAUUUGACUCACUUCCCAAGAUAGUCAACCAAAUUUAUGUGGUACUACUGAAGACGCACCAACCUGAGGCUAAGUCGCUCGUCACUCAGGCACUAGAAACUCUUGCACCUGUCCUAGUAGCGCGCACUAACAGCAUGUGGGCUAAGUGGCCAAGACGAAUUCUCAGUGAGGAUGGCCACAAUGCAGCUCAAGUCAGCAACAUUUAUACGUUCAUGGCUAAGAACCCAGUUCUGUUUUAUGAGUACCGCCACCAGUUUGUUCCAUUCAUUGUCGCAGCGAUUGCCAAGUUGUCGGUAGCCCCACCAAACGCUUCUGCGGUCACACCGUUUGACCUCGGUCUCUCUGGUUUGCUUGCUGAUUGGGAAGUUCGUGCAAUCGAAGAGCUCAAGACAACAGACGCCAAGGUAUACACCGUGCCAACCCCGCAGCGGGAAGCUGUCGUAACUUAUCUUGUGCGGUAUGUUUGUGCACUCAAUGUGCGUGUUGUUACAACUGGCGCAGGGCCCGAAAUACUCGAGUCUUUGGAUAGGUUACUUGGAAUUUGGCCUGAAGCUGAGGUCCGACUCAAUUUCUUGGAAAGAGCUCUUGUUCAAAGCGACCUAAGUGCAACUGAAUCAUUGACAGCUUGUCUCAACGCUUUAGAAGUGGUUCGUCUUGCUCUGAAACACAAGCAUACGGAAUAUAUUACGCAAAACAUGGAUCAGUUUGCCGGAUUAUUUGCGAAGACUCUUCGGUCUCCCGUUCUUGAGGUUCACGAAACGCUGAAGCCGUCGCUUGAAAAAGUUCUUGCUGCAAUUCCAGCAUCUGAGCUUGAACCGGAGGAAUUGGCGGUUCAACCUGUCUUCCAGAUUGUGUUUAAUGCUCUCCAAGAGCACUUGGGAAGCACCGUACCGCCGCCAUGCUGGGUUCUUUUAGCCCAGCACGCGAUGAAACUACGCGCAGACUCAAUCGACUCACUUCUCUCUCAAAUUAUCAAGGCUUUUUCGAAGUCGGUGAAAGAAGUUCUGGAAGAGAACGCUAUUCGUACCCAAGUGCCUCCUGCAGCAGCUGCAGCCGCUGCGGCCGCGGCCGCCGCAGUGCCUGGCUCUUCCAAUCCAGCUGGUGGAGCUCAAAAUGUACCUCCAGCAGCCAAUGGAGCAGCAGCAGCAGUGGCGGCAGUGCCAGAGGAGAAGGAGCAGCCAAUCACAGUAGCACUGCUCAUUGAAAUGAUGGAUCUCCUGGCAAGCCGCAUUUCCCAUUUGAGUGACCAGCGCAGAUUUUUCCUCUCCCUUAUUGCGCAGUGUAUUGAACGCAUCCCUGAUGAUAGCCUUGCGCGUCAUAUUAUUCAAAUGGUUCGCUCUUGGGUGUUUAGUCGUAGCGAGCCCUUCCCUACGAUCAAGGAAAAGGCUGCCAUUUUACAAAAAAUGCUGGCCUAUGACUCGCCUAAGGACCGAGAACUAGCUCAUACCUAUUAUGAGCUUAUCAUUGAUGUCUUCACUGAUGAUCACUUGCGUAAGACUGAACUUCCCGCUCGUCUUGAGCAGCCGUUCUUGUUAGGCACCACCGGAAGAGCCUCGACCGGGGACGUCGAAAUCCGUAAAAAGCUCUUGAGCAUUUUCAGUGAUUCUCUGGAAGACAAUGUUCUCAAGCGUUUGCUCUAUGUAUUCCAAGAGCAAAACUGGGAACCGCUUGCAGAUCUCCAAUGGUUAAAUCAAGCCCUGGCAUUAUUUUAUGGAACUGCGGCUAUGAGCCACCCUCUCCGGUUACCUGAAACGGACACUUUCCGAUUCGCACCGUUUUCAAUUUUGGAGACUAACUUGUCUCCUUUGAGUGAUGGUAAAGAUAACAAGGAAGAUGUUGAUAUGGCAGAUAUUCCUGGUGAAGAAGCCGAGGGCGAGGCGAGUGAACUUGGCGCUGCCAGCAAGGAGCGUACCAACCCAGCAGAACCCGAAUUUGCUGAGGUCAGCGAUGAUCUUGCCGAGUUUUUGACUCGCCGGACUGCUUUCAUGAAAAGUGCAUCCGAGACCAAAGUGGCGGAUUUCAUCUUACCGCUGGCAGAACUUCAAUGCCAAUCCAAGGAGUUAGUGCAUCAGGUUUGGUUAGACGUUUUCCCUCGUCUUUAUUCGGCGGUGCCCUCCAAGGAUCGCCAAGACCUGAUCCAAGCUAUUGCAACGUUAAUGGCCCGGGAAUACAAUGUUCGCCAGGCAGACCUACGCCCUAAUGUUGUGCAGACAAUUUUGGAGGCUGUUGCUCAGGUUGAGCAUCUCCCGCCUCAGCUUGUGAGAUACCUUGCUGGCAACUUUGAUGCUUGGUAUGCUGGAUUGCAAAUUUUGGAGUCUAUUCAGGCUUUGCCCCGGACUGAAUCAGCCAAGAUUGCCGAAACCAACCUGGAUGCACUCACUGAACUCUAUGCACAGCUUCAAGAAAAUGAUAUGUUCUACGGGCUGUGGCGCACACGCUCUAAAUUCCAUGUUACAAAUGCUGCACUAUCGUACGAACAGUGUGGUAUGUGGAAUAGAGCUAUGCAGAUGCAUGAGUCUGCCCAGAUCAAGGCACGAUCAGGCGUCCUUCCCUAUGGUGAGGCUGAAUAUGGCCUUUGGGAGGACCACUGGAUUUUAUGUGCUGAAAAGUUGCAGCAUUGGGAUAUUCUUACUGAGCUGGCCAAACAUGAAGGAUUCAACGACUUGCUCUUGGAGUGUGGUUGGCGGGUCGCUGAUUGGAUUUCUGACAAGGAGCCUUUGCAGCAGAGUGUGAAAUCUUUGAUGGACGUUCCGACGCCACGUCGUCAGGUUUUCGAAACUUUCUUGUGUUUACAGGGAUUCGCACAGAAGACAGAUACUUUACAAGCUCUUUCGAAAUGCUGCGAUGAAGGUAUUCAGCUGGCUCUUCGUAAAUGGCAUGGUCUUCCUCGUAGAAUCACAGGAGCCCACAUUCCUUUGCUGCACACCUUCCAAUUGUACGUCGAGUUCAUGGAAGCUUCUCAGGUAUAUACGUCCUUGGCUUCUACUACUGGUCUUAAUUUAGAAGUUAAGAGCCAGGAGCUAAAGGGAGUCCUCCAAGCAUGGCACGAACGUUUGCCGAAUCCAUGGGAUGAUAUCAAUAUUUGGGGUGACCUUGUUACUUGGAGGCAGCACGUCUUCAAUGUUAUUAACAAGGUUUAUCAGCCUCUUUCGCAGCCGCCUGGUCCUACAUCGACAACCAACUCGGCUGCUUUCCGUGGCCAUCACGAGAUUGCCUGGAUAAUCAACAGAUUCGCUCACGUUGCCCGGAAACAGAACAUGCCUGAGGUAUGCAUCAAUUUGCUGACGCGAAUUUAUGCUUUGCCUAAUAUUGAGAUUCAGGAGGCCUUCUUAAAGCUCCGCGAGCAAGCUAAAUGCCACUGUGAAAACUUGAACGACGAGACGACUGGUCUUGAGGUUAUCUCAAACACGAAUCUGAUUUACUUUGGUGCUGCUCAAAAGUCUGAAUUCUUCACUUUGAAAGGAAUGGCACUUGCUAAGCUUGGACGUGAGGAUAAUGCUAACGAAGCGUUUGCCUCAGCCGUUCAAAUUGAUGUUUACUUACCCAAAGCAUGGGCAGAAUGGGGUAAAUUCAAUGAUAAAAGGUUCAAAGAUCAUCCUGAAGAAUCGUUUUAUGGUUCCACAGCCAUUUCAUGCUAUCUCCAAGCUGCGGGAUUGUACAAGAAUGCCAAGGCACGUAAACUUCUCGGUCGAAUCUUAUGGCUGAUCAGUCUGGAUGAUGAUAAGGGAUCUCUCGCGCAGGCAUUUGAAAGCUACCGCGGUGAAGUGCCCGUCUGGUAUUGGGUUACUUACAUUCCUCAAUUGCUGACUUCUCUGGCACACCGUGAGGCUAAACUCACCCGUCGUAUCCUGAUCAAGAUCGCAAAGACUUUCCCACAAGCCCUGCAUUUCCAUUUGCGUACAGUGCGUGAAGAGUACAACAUUCUUCAACGACAGGCUAUGGCAGCUCGUCCCAAUACAAACCAACCUAUUGGUCAAGCCGUUAACUCACCUGCCUCUACACCAGCAGGAAGUGGACACACUGGAGCUAAUGGCAAUCAGUCGAACACCGCCGGUUCCGGUAGUACGCCCACGGCUGAAGAACCUCGCCAGCCAUGGGAGUAUGCAGAAGAAAUUCACAGCGUGCUGAAGACAGCAUAUCCAUUGAUGCUGUUAUCUCUGGAGACUCUUGUAGAUCAGAUUUCGCAUCGAUUCCGGUCACCUGCUGAUGAAGAUGCUUAUCGACUCAUUGUUGCGCUCUUGAACGAUGGUAUGCAGUACAUGGCUCGUUGGAAUUGCCAACGGGAUGCGAAGCUUCCUCCCGCGACCGAGGCUUCAAUUCUUCGUUUCGUUGAAGGGGUUGUUCCGGCCCACAUCAAGGGUGCAUUCGAGAGAGACUUUGUUACCGACAAACCUGAUUUGGAAACCUAUGUUGUACGCUUGCGUCAAUGGCGUAAUCGCAUUGAAGCUAAGCUUGAUGCGCGUCCCGACAAGAUCAACUUGGAAGCCCUAUCACCACCACUAUCAGAGUUCCAUCACCAGAAGUUCGAAGAUGUGGAGGUUCCUGGUCAAAACCUUCAAUUAACCGAUACCAACUUGCACUUUGUUAAGAUUGGUCGUUUCUUGCCAGGCGUUGAUAUUGUCAGAGGUUAUGGUAUCUGCUACCGUCGCUUUACACUGCGGGGCCAUGAUGGCUCAUUACACCCAUUUGCUGUGCAAUUCCCAGCAGCACGGCAUUGUCGUCGUGAGGAGCGGGUUACCCAAUUAUUCCGCAUUCUGAACAAUGUUAUGCUUCGGCGUAACGAGGCCAGAUUACGCCACUUGCAGUUCACUUUGCCCUGUGCUGUUCCUCUGAGUAACCACAUUCGACUUGUUCAAGACGAUACGCGUUAUAUCUCGAUGUAUCAAAUCUAUGAGCGGUUCUGCCGUGCUCGUGGACAAUCACGGGAUGCUCCUUUCGAUUAUAUGACGGAGAAACUGCGAGCGUCUUCGGAUAGUCGUUUACCCAAACCAGAUCUUGUGGCGGUAAAGAUGGAGAUUUUGAGCGGCAUCCAAGCUUCAUUGGUGCCCAAUACGGUGAUGAGGGAUUUCUUUGUCGACCAGUAUUGUUCUUUCGAAGAUUUCUGGCUGUUCCGCAAACAGUUUGCCUAUCAAUAUGCCGGAAUUACUUUCAUGACGUUCAUGAUGAGCAUCAACAACAGAUUUGCGCACAAGUUCCAAAUCAAUAUGGGUAGUGGCAACAUCUGGGCUACUGAGAUGCUUCCAGUGUUGCCAUCAAGCAAAAAUCUUCCAGCUUUCAACAAUGGCGAGCCGGUUGCUUUUAGGUUGACUCCAAAUAUCCAAACGCUCAUGGGUCCCACCACAUUAGAGGGCUUGUACGCUAUGUCGGUUAUGAUUAUUGCCAAGGGUCUGACUGAGCCUGAGUUCAGCUUGGAUCAGUAUCUACCAGUGUUUGUACGUGAUGAGCUAAUAUCUUGGUACGCUCAGCAGCAACGUCCUUCGGUCCAAGAUAGUCAAUUGCGUGACAUGGUCCGAGUGAAUGUGGACGCGAUCGUUAAGCGGGCGUCAUCACUGACGCAAUCCAGCCAGCUCAAUAUUCCUGCAAACCAGACCAUUAUUGAUCUCAUUUCGGCAGCGGUGAACCCACGCAACCUUGCUAUCACAGAUUCGCUCUGGAUGGCCUAUUUCUAG